GCUGCUGCCCUUGUUUACCAGAGAAGAGACUAACAAGGCACAGUUUUAAAUGGUUGAAGAUCGCCGUCUUACAAGUGGCCAUAGUCAAACCUGUCACAACAUUCAUUGGAGUACUAUUUUGGUUAGAUGCUGUAUACUUGACUGAUCAGGUUGAAGCAGAUAGGCCCUUCCUGAUUGUGAAUAUUACGACCAUCUUUUCUUCAGUGAUAGCGAUGAUGGCUCUGAACAUGAUUUAUGUAGCUUCUACCAGGUUUCUUGAACCUUUCUAUGUUCGAACUAAGUUUACCUUUAUCAAGCUUGGUAUUGUGAUCUGUAACAUCCAACCAGCAAUACUCAGUCUACUCAUGAGAUUCCGAUUCCUAGGCUGUCGUUUUCCUUUCUCUAACCAUGCAAGAUCCAACUUCAUACAGUGUAUUGUAUUCAUCUUGGAAGCCGGAAUCCUGUUUCCUUUUAUCAGGUACUACUAUCGACGAAGCGAAGGUAACGUGGUGGGGAAUGUAUCCAUGAUACCAACCGAACUCUUCGGUUCCAUCCAGCCUCCUAGUAUUACAUAUCGACUACCUGAUCGUAGACAUUACAUGCCACGCCCGUCGAUCACGAGCAUUGAGAACGGUCGUGUACGUGCUCAUACCGUCAUUGGUUCGGGGGAUGUAAACACUGAUUUCUACCCGGCUGAGGACUUAGCUACUAUUGCUGAGGAGUGCGAGGAGGAGGAGAAGACUAAGGUCGUAGAACCUUCGACAGACUUCACGAAACAAUUUAUGACUAGUAACAGACAGGGGCGGCGUCAUAGUAUCGGCUAAUUCUACUGAACAGCAUUUUACACCGUAAAGUGACACCGGUAUUUUGAAAGUUACAUUUCGAGGAGGAAGACUGAAAAUAUAUCACUGCAUUAGAAGCAGCCUACCACCUUGUAUUGUGUGACAAUCAAAAAGUUUGUUUGUAGAUGAUGGUCAGUUCUAUUUUAUAGAACUUAUUAUAGAACAUAUUGAACUAUAAUUAUAUAGACAUAAUCUUGAGGAUCGUUUUCACCUUCCGAUGCCUCAAAUGCCCCCUUCUCCUCUUUUGUAACUUCCGUGAUUCUAGGCCGAACA